GGCAUUGGUUUAUGAUAUCGUGUCUAGGAGAAACAAUGAUGCAUGCUGAUACUGUGGAGGUCAAGCUCAUGGCCUGAAAAAUGGACUGUUACACUCAGGCUUAACAAGCGCAGGCUUGGUUUCAGUUUGAUUAGAAGUCGAGUAUGCAUGUGAGCAUGAAGCCUGGUUCCAGAUCAUCCUAUCUUGGUCCAAACAGGUACUGGAGCUGAAAGGUCCUCAAACAAGCUAAGAAGAGUUAAAUUUGGAGCCUAUUAUUUUUCAUAAUCCCUGAAAAUUGAACUGGUCAAGGUGUCUACUAUUAUAUUUACCCACAAAAUAGUAUAAACAAGAAAAGGGCCUAUAAAUUCCCGUAUUGAUAGAGAUUAGAGACUGUCCUUUGUGGUAACUUUCUGUAACUACUAUAGUUGUAUAAGAAAUUCUUCUUGAAGACUUUCAGAGCUAUGCAAGUAUGUCUUACCAUGUGGUGCUAUAACCUAUGUUAUUCUGAAUGCAAAGAUACAUUUUAACAUCUAGGUAGGUUACUUAGGUGGUGUAUACCUGAGUGAUAUGACAGGCAUGAUAUGAGUUAUCUAGAUAUGUUUUUGUACAAUCAAAUACAUGUAACAAUCAGUUAUUCAGUAUUAUGGUACAAUUUGAGGUGAAAGUUUGACAGUUGACUAGGACAAACCACCACCUACUACCUAGCUAGUUGAACCGUAGUAGCAUGCAUACAUCACCUCAUCUUGAGAAACGAAAUGAGAGGAAAAAGUUGGAUACAUCAAAUAUUGUACCACAACUUGCAUUUAGACUUUUACCUGGACUGGAACAUUUUAAUCUAUUCACACUUGCAUACAUCAGUUGAUGACUUUUGUUUUCUUUUAUAGGAGUUGAUGAAAUUAUAUGCUAAGGCACAAUUCAUCUCAUAUAAAGAAACCUUGGCCCUUGUCACAAUCACACUAAUUUGCCUAACUAAGCAAGUGAUAGCCCAAGCCAUACAUCCAAACUUGCAGCAACAAGCAUCAACACGGGUCCUAAUGUUCUUCUUGAAACUAAUCGUCUUCUUCCUCCUGGUGAUGGCUGUGGCACCCGCCCCAGGUGGUGCUGCAUCGCUGGCGCUGCCAGGCUGCCCUGACAAGUGCGGCGAUGUGUCCAUCCCUUACCCCUUCGGCAUCGGAGCGCAAUGCUCCGCGGUUAGCCUCAACAGGUUCUUCAACCUCGACUGCAACGACACCUAUCACCCGUCACGGCUGAUGGUGGGGGGCCCGGACGAUCGGGCCAUCGAGGUCGCCGAUAUAUCGUUGGAGCACGGUGAGAUACGGGUGCUUGUCGCCGUCAGCUACGUCUGCUUCACGUCGAGUGCCACCAUAUCAGCAAACAUCGCUGUGAUGUUCAGCCUGGAGGACACACCGUUCCUCCCAUCCACUGGACGCAACCGUUUCACUGUCAUUGGCUGCAACACCUUGGGGCUCGUUGGCGGUUUCCGUGGAGGUACGAGCCAGUACCUCGCCGGCUGCUACUCCUACUGCGACGGCAUCAGUGGUGCAUCAGACGAUGGGGCACCAUGCACCGGGACGGGCUGCUGCGAAGCGUCCAUCCCAACCAACCUCACCACCUUCAAUGUGUCAUUUCCGAUGAAUAGUAGCGGCGUGUGGGGAUUCAACCCAUGCUUCUAUGCCAUGGUCUCUGAGGUUGGGUGGUACAGCUUCCGGCGCCGUGACCUCGUUGGCCAGCUUGGUUUCGUCAACGAGAGGGCAAAGGAUGGUGCACCUAUCAUCGUGAACUGGGCGGUCAGGAACGGAUCAUGCCUGGAGCCAAGAAACUACGUGUGUGUCAGCACAAACAGUUACUGCGAGAAUGUGAGCAAUGGACCCGGGUACUUAUGCAAGUGCUCCCUGGGGUACGAGGGCAAUGCGUACCUCAACAAUGGCUGUCAAGAUAUAAAUGAAUGCAUGCUGCGCGAGCAAGACCCCAAGUACGAAGAGUUGUAUCCUUGUAGGAAUGGGAUCUGUCAUAACACUCUAGGUGGCUAUAACUGUAAAUGCAAGGGAGGAACAAGAACUGAUGGUACAAAUUUUGGAUGCCGACCUCUGCAUACUCGAGAUGAUCAGCUGGCUAUAGGCCUGAGUGUUUCUGCCGUUGUGAUGAUAUCCUUGGCAUGUCUUUUGGUUAUUCAAUUGCAAAGGAGAAGGCACAAAAAGGAGAAAGAUGAGUAUUUCAAACGUAACGGAGGGCUCAAGUUAUAUGAUGAGAUAAGGUCAAGGCAGGUCGACACAGUUCGCAUACUUACAGAAAAUGAGAUCAAGAUAGCCACUGACAGCUACAACGAAAAUCAUAUUCUUGGAUGUGGUGGUCAUGGAAUGGUCUACAAGGGUACUUUGGAUGACAAUAGAGAUGUUGCCAUAAAAAAGUCCAAAGUAAUAAAUGAUGACUGCAGGGAUGAAUUUGUAAAUGAGAUCAUAAUCUUGUCACAGAUCAACCACCGGAACAUCGUUAGGUUACUAGGCUGUUGCCUGGAUAUAGAUGUCCCCAUGUUGGUCUACGAGUUCGUCUCCAAUGGUACACUAUAUGACUUUCUUCAUGGCAGUGCUGAUCGCAAGCUGCUACCAAUUCCACUGGACCUCCGCCUGAAGAUUGCCACUCAGUCAGCAGAAGCUCUUGCUUACUUGCACUCAUCGACAUCUCGCACUAUUCUACACGGGGAUGUCAAAUCUGCCAACAUCCUGCUUGAUGAUCAGCACAACGCCAAGAUUGCGGACUUUGGGGCAUCUGCGCUGAAGUCCAUGGACGAAAGUGAGUUCAUACUGCUUGUCCAGGGAACCCUCGGCUACCUUGACCCUGAGAGCUUCAUCAGCCACCACCUCACCGACAAGAGCGACGUCUACAGCUUCGGGGUCGUUCUCCUUGAGCUGAUGACUAGGAAGAGGGCUCUCUAUGCCAAUGACUCCUCCAAAGAAAAGAGGUCCCUGUCCCACAGUUUCGUCCUGAUGUUUCACAAGAACAAGCACCGGAGAAUGCUGGACUCUGAGAUCGUGGACGAUGCUGCGGCCAUGGUGAUUGUUGAGAAGCUUGCCAUUCUCGCCGUGCACUGCCUGAGCGCGAGAGGAGACGACAGACCGACGAUGAAGGAAGUCGCAGAGCGGCUGCGGGUGCUGUGGAGGCACAAGAUGCAUGCAGCCGGUGUUGCCAACUAUGAUUGUGAAUAUGAUAGCAACUAUGGAGAAUCGUUUUCGUCGGUGGUUCUCCCUUUGGACGAGACGAUAGACCUGAGCUUGGAGACGUGCAAGCUUGUGCAGCUGUCCUGACCGUGUAAGUUCUUGUAUCGUUUGCACACUUACUAAUAGCUGUGUGUAUUCGAGGGAUUUGAAUAGACAUCAUGUGAUACUUUCGUGUGAGGCGAUUUAGGAAUAGGGAGCAAUGACUAUCAGUGCCGAUACAUGAAAUUAGCACACGUACAUUAUCAGUAUAGAUAAAAAUAAUUAUUAAUCUCCACUGGUUGUCGUUGAUUACUUUGGACUUCUUUAUGGCAACUUUUUUGUCAUGA